AUGCGCCAAUCAGCAUCGGAAAGAGAUUACAACUUACAACAACAACCACAGCUCAGCCGGCUGGAAUUAUUCAAGCAAAAUCACGAUAUUGCAUUCAACUUUUUAACGAAAGGAGUAGAAUAUGAUGAAAAGAAGGAAUACGAAAAGGCCAGAGACUACUACCGAGAGGGAAUUCAAUGUAUUUUGCAAGCAGAAAGAAUUCCACUCUCACAACAAGAGCGCUAUCAAGCAAAAACCAUGUUAGACAAACUCCAAAAACACAAAACGAACUUUUACAACAGAAUGAAAGAAAUUGACCAAAUACUAUUCGACAUGCAACAACAAAAACAACAAGAGCUCAAUAAGAAUAUUUUAGGAAACAGUAAUGGUGGGUUUUUCUCAAACAUUAUGAACAUAUUUUCCUCAAAUCCUCCCACCACAAGUUCGAGCUCAACGAACAAGAAUGUGAUUUCAGAAGAUACACGUCGCUUAACUACGGUUGACAAUACUCGUCAUGAUCCAAUUUAUAACCAUUACCCGACGAAUAGUCAAGUUUUGAAGAGUUUUCCAGGAAAUGAUCGGCUGAUCUCAUCAGCGAAUGGAAGCAAAACCAACUCAAAUCCAUUUGCUGGAAUGUACAAUAGUGUCAAUAUUUGUGACGGGUUAGCUCAACAAUCGCAACCUCCAGUCCAUACUCGAAAACGAAGCUCCUCCAAUGAACAACUGCACGCCUCCUAUUCUGAGAAUUUUGGUCAGGUCUCUUCCUCUAAUACUGCCAAUAGUGUAAAAAAUCAAAAUUUUAACAACAACAUGACCCAAUCAGCCAUGCCAUCCUUUUCACAGCAACAGACUAACAAAUCUUCCCCAAUGAUGCAAUAUCCAUCGCCAUCCACCACUAACACAUCAUCCACAGGCCACAAUUUGGCAUCGAUUAGAAAUAAUUUAUCGUUGAACAACUCAAAUGAUUUAAACAAUACCAAAAAGAAGAAUGCAUCAAAACUUGAUCAAAUACCAGAAUUUAAAGGAGUUGAUCGAAAAUUACUGGAUCAUAUCUUGAAUGAUGUUAUUGAAACCAAGACAACUAAUUGGGAAGACAUUGCAGGUUUAAAAGAUGCCAAGCAAACACUGAUGGAAACAGUUGUCUUGCCAAGUUUAAGGCCAGACCUAUUUCAUGGAUUGAGAGCUCCUUGUAAAGGAAUUUUAUUGUUUGGUCCUCCAGGAACAGGAAAGACCAUGAUUGCAAGAGCGUGUGCUUCUCAAUGCAAUGCAACGUUCUUCUCCAUUAGUGCAUCCUCACUCGUUUCGAAAUAUCAUGGGGAAGGUGAAAAAUUAGUGAAAUGCCUUUUUGCUGCAGCUCGAUAUUUACAACCCUCUGUAAUUUUUGUCGAUGAAAUUGAUUCAAUCUUGUCUGCGAGAAGUUCUGAAGAGCAUGAAGCUUCGCGCAGAAUGAAAACAGAGUUUAUGGUUCAAAUGGAGGGUGUUUCAAAUAUGAAUGGAAAAGAUGAACGAGUUUUGGUCAUGGGAGCGACAAACAUCCCAGACAGCCUUGACGAGGCCAUUUUGAGAAGAUUUACAAAAAGAAUUUAUAUUCCACUUCCAGAUUUUGAAGCUCGAUAUGCACUCAUCAAACAAUUGUCAUCUGGACAAAACAUUGUGUUGAGUGAUCAUGACAUUCGAAGAAUUUGUGAGUCAACGGAAGGAUUUUCUGGAUCGGAUUUGACAGCACUCUGUAAAGAAACAGCCAUGAUUCCCAUUAGAGAAAUUAGUGUCGAGAGGCUCAUGUCGAUUGAUGCUGGCAAGAUUCGAUCUGUAGUGUUGAACGAUUUCAUGUCAUCCUUAUCUCAUGUUAAGCCCUCCACGUCACAUGAAACAAUUACCAAGCUGGAAAAGUGGAAUCAAUCAUUUGGUACCUCGGUCAACAGCAAAUAA